AUGUCGACCUCCUCACGACACUCGUUUACCCCCAGUCGCCGCGUCAAGAGCAGCAGCAGGGAUAUAGCCAGAAACAGAGCCUCUUCUCGUGCCGCAGCACGCACCCAGCAGUUUGUCGUCGAACACGAAGAAGCCCGAAGUUUCGCCCUUCGCACCGCUUUUCUACAUUAUCUGCUGCAACCACGGGCAAAACGAAAGCAAUAUGUCCCCGCACCAAAGCCGCCCGCUCGAUCUCACUCCAGUGUCGGCCAGCUUGUUCAAGAAUACAUUGCAGGAAGCACUACGAGCCUGAAAUUGCCAAGCGGCUUUCCAACACAGCUCCUUGAUCGUGUUGGCGGAGUGCUGAGAGGCAGCGAAACCCUCUCUGGCUUUGGGGAUGCCGCUCUAAAGCGCAGCUUUGCUGAGGCAUACACAGCCUUCUCCGAGAAGAACUUUCGCAAAACUCUCGAAAAGGAGAGGAAGUUUGAGCCUCUGGUCUUGAUGUUUUAUUCUUCCGCUACCAAGGCAGCUCAAAAAGGCAAGGCACCAGAGGAUGAUUCCUGGAAGCUUCUUCCGGACCGCCAUCUCGCAAUGUUUGUGAGGCUUGCUACAACUACCCUGCGAGACCACGGGCAUGACCGAGACCGCGCUGACUUGGUAUCGAGGUUGGUCUCCCUGGAAAAGAAGCUGCUGACGAACGACCAAAACCUGGUGGAUAGCGGUCAAGAUGGCAAGGGCAAAACCAUCGAGGUUGUGGUACCACUCAGCUACGAGGUCAAGGACAUGCCAAUGGUGCAGGUGGUAGCAGGCAUCUUUGGAAUGAGCCUCUCCGAGGUGCAGUCGGAAAUUAAUGACCACCGCCAGAUUUGGACUGAAGAGGCGGCUUUGAAAGAUUUAAAAUCGUAUCAACAUCGCCUCAAUACAAACUCGGCUGGUACCUUGAGAAGCCUGGAUUUCGACGUCGAGGAUGCUUUUCUGGAGUGGAAGAAGUCCGAAGCGCCUCAUCUGUCGCAAAUGAUGCUCGACAUCUUGACUGCCAAGCCAGAACUAGCCAAGACCUCGUCAGGGAGUUUUGAAAAGCCUUUGCCCAGUCGACCACAGUCCAUGUAUGGUAACGAUCAGGCAUAUGCCGACCUCAGUCGCGCCAUAUCCGCUCAGGACGGCGCAACAUUCGCCUUUGAUCCAUCCAUCAGUCUAGCAAAUUUGUCCAUUGGUAAUGAGCCAAGCAGUAUACGGACCGUUGAGGAAACGAUAUACACCUUUAUCCCUCCUGAACCAAGAGAGUUUUACAAGUACAUUUUACAACAUGCCGUCACGUUUGAUCAGCUGCACGCAGAUCCUGCAUUAGAGUACAAGCCUCUGUCUAAGCAGUCCAUGGAACUAUUGACUGAGUUGUGUGUUCGCUGGCGAGUACCACAAUUUUCACGUCUUAUUUGCCUCCUGGAAGUUGCUGCUCGCAAGUUUCUAGACCAGGAAAUUGUUCCCGAAGAAUUGGACACCAUAUUUGACUUCGUCAAGGCUCCCAUGCCCGAGCUCAGAAAGCCACCACAUAUAUCGCACUACGCGACACCACUGAACGAGAUUGACCCCAGUCGGUGGACUAUUCAUGACUUUGCAGUCUACCAACAAACUUUCCACAGCUUACACGAUGCGUUGUUGAGAGAACUCUAUGAUCUCAUGGAGCAGUGUUACGACUCGAAGCCUCCCAACAUCGCCGCCGUCAUGUUCCUUCUCGAAAACCACAUUGGCAGCGAUCCAACCUUUUCUCCACGUUCCAAUUCUGUUGCUCAGUUUUCUGAACAUCUUGCCCAAGGCCUCUGUCAAAAAGCUGCGGAUGUAUAUCGUGACUACAUGGAAAAAGAGAUCCCGGCUCACAAAGAAGACUGGAACUUUGCCCAUGUAAUACAGCUGGGCAAGUCGGUGACUAAACUUUGCACCCGGAUCCGCAAGCGAUAUAAAAAUAACUUGGAGAUCAUGGGUGUGAAUCCGCUAUCGAUCCUUGUCCAAGAAGUUUUUCCCAGCUUCGAGAAGGACGCUGGUGCCAUCAUUGACACAAUUAUGAGGGGCGCCGAGGACGCUGGUGUAGAGAUUCUUAUGGAAGACGGCUUUGAGUUGUACAAGGAAUUGGUCGCCAUUCGCCGCAUCCAUCUCGAGUCCCUUGGCGAUGUGCCGUUUGAGUUUAAUAUUGAGGAUCUCCUGGUGGAGUUUGUAUGGCGCUGGAUACGCACUGCUGAUGAAACGAUGGCAAAUUUUGUCGAACAAGCGAUUAAGCAAGACAAGUUUCAAGUUCGAUCUCACAGUCCAGAAGACAUCCCUCUGGAUUCGGAACGGCAUAGCGUGUCCGUGAUUGAUCUUUUCAUGCUUUUGAACCAAACCGUGGAUCAAGUGUUUGCUUUAGGAUGGGACAAUGACGAACAUCACGCUCGAUUUAUGACAGCUCUCGCGCGAAGCAUUGCGACGGGUAUUGGCCAGUACUGUGAGAUUGUCGAACAAAAAUUUGCGAAAGAAAUGGAUCGUCCAUCAGCAGAAGAACUUGCAGCCCAGAACAGAACAGCCCAGGAGAAGUGGAUGCAGUACGCGAAGGAUGCUUGGAGCAACAAGGAGAAGGUUGAACCCUUUCAAUUUUAUCCCGAGUCCUUUGUCAAGUUAAACAACAUUGAAUUUGCCAUGCAAGAGCUGGACAAGCUGGAAAAGAGCAUGAACUCAGAAGCCUGUGCAGCUCUUCUUGAGAAAAUCGAUGGCCCAAAGAAGAAGGUUCGCAAACCAAGCAAGUACACUUUCACGAUUAAGAUUGUGGAAGCAGAAGACCUCAAGGCCUGUGAUCCCAAUGGAUUCAGCGACCCGUACGUUGUCUUUGGUGACGAAUAUCAGAAGCGGCUUCACAAAAGUCGAAUCAUUUACAGGAACCUCAACCCCCGUUGGGACGAGUCGUUUGACAUCACGGUUCAAGGACCAGUGAAUGUUAUUGCCACGAUCUGGGACUAUGAUACUUUCGGUGAUCACGAUUACGUUGGGCGCACAUCACUUAAGUUGGAUCCAGUGCACUUUGGCGAUUAUCUUCCCCGAGAGUUUUGGCUAGACUUGGAUUCUCAAGGCCGUCUCCUCAUUAGAGUCAGCAUGGAAGGGGAGCGAGAUGAUAUCGAGUUCCACUUCGGAAAGGCUUUCCGUCAUCUGAAGAGAACGGAAAGGGACAUGGUUCGCAAGAUUACAGACAAACUCACACAACAAAUUAAUGAUACGUUGUCUCAAGAGACUCUACGAAGUCUGUUGGGCACUGGCGGAAUCGGUGCUUCAGUGACUAGUCUGUGGAAGAAGCGAACGUCGACUAUGGUCACAGCAACACCCAGCCAGAUUGAAGGCGCAUUAACUCGUCUCUUUACGUAUUUUGACGAGAAUUUUGCGAUAAUGAAGCAGACCUUGACCGACGCAACCAUGAUAGCUGUAAUGACGAGACUGUGGAAGGAAGUGCUCAUGACAAUAGAAAACUUGCUAGUUCCCCCCUUAUCCGACAAACCAUCGACCAAAAAGUCGUUGACAAGAAAAGAGUUGGAUGUUGUGUAUCACUGGCUAGAAAUGCUCUUCACCUUCUUCAACGCCAAGGAUGAAGAGUCUGGAGAGCAGCUAGGUGUGCCGGCCCAGGUGCUCAAAUCGCCUAAGUGGCACGAGCUCGCAUCACUGAACUUCUUUUACUUUGAGGACAGUAACAACUUGAUAAGGGAAUCGGAACGCAUGGCCGCCGCAACGGCGCAACGAGCACAGCAGGCCCUAGUUCAGCAGGCGCCUCAGCAAAACCGCAUGUCAGCUCCAGCCAGCUUCGGCGCAUCAUUCGGAGGCGCGGGUGCAUUCGCCAGCAUGGGCACCAUUCGCCGUGGCAAGAGCAUCAUGAUGAGUCGUAACCUGGGCACAAUGCGAAAGGCUAAGGAGGCUAAGCGACGUGAGGCACAGGCCGAUCCAAGCGACGACAUGAUUUUACGUAUUCUCAGAAUGAGGCCUGAGGCAGCCCAGUAUCUGAAGGAACGGCAUCGUCAAAGAGAACGCCAAGCGGCAACUGCUGCAGCUGCACUUAUAGUGAAGAACAGCGUCAAUCAAGGAUGGCAGACAGGGGGAGCAUUUGGUGGAGCGCAAUUUGGGCGAAACAACCUACCCAGGAGGUAG